CUAAAUAUGAGGUUAGGACGUUUUGUUUUGUUUUUGGUCAGGAGGAAAAUCCCAGUGCGUGGGAAUUUCGCCUUUUCCUGGGCUUUUCACACUGAAAAUGUCUGGCAACGAACAAUCCAGCACCUUCUCCAGUCAGCUCAGUGAUGAAAGAGUUCGAGAUAAUCUCAUGUGGGCGAGUCGUCCCUGCUUCCUGUAUAAGCACGAGUUCAGCGAUUGCAAGAGCUACAAGGCGCGAUUCAAUCAGUACUUCAUCUACGGCGAGUCCAUAGAUUGCUCACAGUGGGGAAAGGAUUACGAGGAUUGCCUGAAGUAUGAGGAGAAGGAUGAUUUGGCUGCCGCUCGGCGACUUCUGGACAGCGAGGCUGAGCGGAGGCAGAAGAGGAUGGAGGCUCACAAAGCCAAUGAUGUGUGGAAGAAGAGAUCAACUCCACCAACAGACUGGAACGCUCCACUGCCAGAAUGGUUCACGAAGACCAACGAGAACACAUUUCUCGCCCUGAAAUCCAAGGAACUGCAGGAUGGCGUCGAGACACCGGCGAAAGAGAGCUCCUUCUGCUCUGUAAUGUAGCCGGGAAUGCCGGGAAUUGACAAAGACAGCUUUCUAGUGUAA